GCUCCUGCCAUCUCACCUCAUUUCAACUCAGCAGAAUAAACUCGAGAGAGCUUUAUUUGGGGUCCACUCAGGGGGAUGCUGCGCUGACGGCAGAACUGGUACAUGCAUAGCUUUAACGCUGCGUAACUGCCUGGGCAUUCUGCAAGUCAUGGCCGAGGCUAAUUUUAGCAAUGAUGCAUGCAUCAAAAUUCUCCAAGAAUCGGAGCAGCCGAGGUCUGAUGUGACAAACCAAGGGCUGUUUUUACUGUUGUUUCUCUAAGCCCUCUAAAGGCAAACAGCGCUAAGUAGAAAAUCUCAUUGUUUUAAAGCCAAAUGCUGUGGCUCGCUCAACAUUAGCUCAGUCUGUGGGUCACCCAGUUCAGCAGUGCAACACCCAAGUAACAGAUGCUGGCAGAGAGAGAACACACAAGAAACCACAGCACAGACAAUGGAACUACUACAAAUAACUUUUGCUUCACUUUUACAAACCUGAAAAGUGUUGCAGAGGGACAUCAGAAGCAAUCAACAGGAGCUAUGGGCAGGAAGCAGAGAACAUACCCUAAAGAGCACAAGCACUGCGAGAAAUGCUUCAACCGGUACUGCCAAGCUCCAGUUGUGCCGGCUGUCUCUUGCUUGGUGAUCAACUGUCGCUCCCACUGUGGGGCCACCUUCCACAUGUGCAAAGCCGAAGAGCAUCAGCUCCUGUGUCCUCUCGAGGAAGUCUCCUGCCUCAACUUUGUCUAUGGCUGCCCUUUCACCAUGGCUCGUUUUAAAGUGGCCAAACAUCUCCAGGUCUGCCCUGCCAGCGUCGUCUGCUGCUCAGUGGAGUGGAAUCGUUGGCCAAGUGUGGACUCAGAAGGUGUUCUGCAUCAGAACAUCAUGAAGGAGGAACCCGGUGCCGAAUGCUUGGAUGUAGCCCUGGCUCUGAGAGAUCAGAAGGCUCUCUUUGGAGCCUUGAAAUUGGCAGAACUUUUCCCAGAAUGCAGAGAACCUUGUUCUAUGGAUGAAGCAGAAGCCACUGAUGACGAUGGCGAUCUGGGGGAAGGAGAUGCUGGGAGAGGAGCUGGUCACACUGAAGCAAACGAGGGUCCUGAGCUUAGCCAGCAGGAGCGUGAGAGUUUGGCUAAGGACAAAGAAGGGAUGGAUCUGGUUGGUUACAAAGCCUGGGAAAACAUGUUCAGUAAAGAGCUGCAAGCAUGCAAGGUGACCAACUUAUUGGCUGAUGACCGGGUGAAAGAACAAGACAGUAGCUCUGCAAAAAUGGGCCAGGCAUCCGCUGACAGCACACGAAAAAAGAAACCAGAAGCAGUUAGUAGUACAAGCGAGAGCAAUGAAAGCCAAUUCUCUCCUCAGGUGAAUUUAGCAGAAAAGACUGGCUUUGCACCUUGGCAGGAUGGGGUCCUGGACAGACUGAAAAAGGAGGUUCCUGUAGGAGAUUAUAAUAUGUAUCUGGUCCACCAUGGAAGGAUGCUUAUCCAUUUUGGCCAGAUGGCUGCUUGCACUCCGAAAGAGAAAGACUUUGUAUAUGGCAACCUAGAAGCUCAAGAGGUGAAAACUGUGACCACCUUCCGAGUACCAGUCAGCUACUGUGGCAAAAGAGCACGCCUCGGGGAUGUCAUGUUAUACAAAAAGCCAACCAAGAGUGUAUCUGUGGAUACUUCAGACCUAGGUAUAAGCCUGGAGGAUCUCCCUCAGUCUGAUGCUAUCCAAACAACACUGCUCUGCGCUCUGGAGAAAGAGUUGAAAGGUCAUGAGAUCUCUGAGAUGAAGAGUACUGACGCCCUGUUUGUGGAUUUUGGGACACAGACAUACAGCUUUGCCAAGGAACCUUUCUCCCCCACAUUUGUUUUAGCAGACAUCCUGGAUGCAAAAGACCCACCAGGCCUCCAUUUGCAGCUUCACAGCGAGAGCGUGACCCGAAGGCAUAACAAAAGCAGCUCAGCUUUCACAUUCUCCUGCAACUGCUUUUUCCGGAGAGACGAGUUUCCGUCGCAUUUCAAGAAUGUUCACGCCGAUAUCCAGUCCUGCCUAGAUGGAUGGUUCCAGCGUCGCUGCCCGCUUGCCUACCUGGGGUGCACAUUCGUUCAGAAUCCCUGGUGCCCUGCUGGGCAAAAGUCCUGUGUUGUCUAUAGCCCAGAUCUCAAGACAUUAGCUGUGAAGCCGCAGGUUCACCCUGCCCUCUCUGAAACAAAGCCAUGCAACUUUGCAAGAAAUAACAGAGAGAAAGAAAUGGAUGCUCUGAGCAGCCUUCCUUUAGAGAUCCUGAAGUACAUUGCUGGGUUUUUGGAUAGCUUCAGCUUGUCACAGCUGGCUCAGGUGUCAAUUCUGAUGAGGGACAUCUGUGCCACUCUGCUGCAAGAAAGAGGAAUGGUCUUUUUGCUGUGGGAAAAGAAGAGAUAUUCCCACGGGGGCACUUCAUGGAGAAUCCGCCGAAAGGUCUGGAAGUUUAGCAGUUCGUUCUCCACCAUUAAAAAGUGGCAGUUCAGCGACGUCCCUUCCAUGGCAGUGCACUUAAAGACCUGUCCUUUUUAUGAGGUGGAGCGCAAGAAGGACCCUGUUCGGCUGGCCAGUAUGUUUUCAUCUGAGGAGCUGAUGCAAGAGAGUUUGGUGUCUACAUUCAAGCACAAAUCUGGCCCAAAGAAGCUGCAGAGAAGGCUGCGCUAAUUUCAGGAUGUGUGGCAAUGUACCAUUUUUGUUCUGAAAAUAAACUCUUAAGACUUUU